UGGCCCCCCCUCGCCCCAGCUCUGCUCCCGGGGAGACGGGAGUCUGCGAAUCCCAGAGCUGCUGCCCUCCCUGACUCCCCAGGCCCUGCCCCCCUGAGCGCCUGCAGGAGCCGAGCCAGCUCCGGAAGUUUAUAACACCAACGCCUCUGUAUGUGUGUGUCCAUUUGUGUGUGUGUUUCUCUUUGUCAUUCGACUGCCUGGAAGCAGCCCCUUGGGCUCUAGUUAAUCUAAAAUAAGGAUUUCUGGUUCCCCAAUGCAAAGUGAUCUCACUGAUGGAUGGAGGGGAGGGUCCCCAGUCUCCAGGGCUCUGAGGAACAGGAGAUCCCAAGGAGCACCCACACAGCAGGUGAUAGGACGGUGAGUGAGACCAAGGAGGAGAACCCUCAGCAGGGAGGUCCUGAGCAAGUGGAACCGCAGGGGGCGCUGUCGGGAGAUGCUGAAAGGAACAUUUCCCAGAAUCCUGGGCAGGGAGAAGCCCAUGAGAGUCAGCAGGGAAACCAGCUGGAGGAGAGACGAGGUGAAUCCGCACACCAUGUAGGAGCUCUCAAGCACAGCAUGGGUGGUAGGACGCUGCCCGUAGGCAAGAACCAGAGCACCUGCACUGAAUGUGGGAAGCAGUUCAGCCGGAGCUCGUAUCUGGCGCAGCACCAACGGGUGCACACGGGGGAGCGUCCCUAUGCCUGCGCCACCUGCGGGAAGAGCUUUGCUGUCAGCUCUGCCCUGCUCCGGCACCAGCGCACUCACACAGGUGAGCGGCCCUACCAGUGCCCUGACUGCCAGUGCAGCUUCAGCCGCAGCUCCCACUUGACGCGGCACCAGCGCUGCCACACACAGGAGGGGCCCUGCCAUGGGGUUGGCUUGCCGGGUGAGCGCCCCUUCGCCUGCCUGGACUGCUGGCGGACAUUCAGCCAGAGCUCGGACCUGGUGCAGCACCAGCGGGUGCACACGGACGAGCGCCCCUAUGCCUGCACCGACUGUGGGAAGAUCUUUGGCCGCAGCUCACACCUGCGGCAGCACCGGCGCACACAUACUGGGGAGCGCCCCUACGCCUGCCAGGAUUGUGGGCGCUGCUUCAGCGAUGGCUCCUACCUCAUCAAACACCAGCGCACCCACACUGGCGAGAAGCCCUACACCUGUCCUGACUGCAGCAAGGGUUUCAGCGUCAGCUCCCAGCUGGUUCGGCACCGGCGCGUCCACACUGGGGAGCGGCCCUACGCCUGCUGGGACUGCGGGAAAAGUUUCAGCCAGGGCACAGACCUGGCCACCCACCAGCGGUCCCACACGGGUGAGCGCCCCUACACCUGCCCUGACUGCGGGAAGGGCUUCAGCGACAGCUCCUCCCGCAUCCGACACCACCGGCUGCACAUCCAGGAUGCCCCGUGAUGGGCUGGUCGUGUGAUGCACUGUCAGUAUUACCCUGGCACCUAGGACCGGGCCCCUGUUUGAUGGGUGCAAAUUUACCCUAAUUGUAAGUGCAACUGUAAAACAUGUAUAUAAGUACCUAGCACGUCGCACUAUCGGAGCCCAAUGAACGUUGCUGGGAAAAGGUGCAAGGAGGAGAUAGAGUGAAGCAGCCAAAUAAAAAGGCCUUGUGGUGUAACUCAGGGACUGUGUUCAGGUCACACUGUGUAAAUGAGACGUGUGGGACCGAAAAUCCACGAUCCAAAAUUGGUGUGUCAGAAAUUAGGCCCAUUGGUAGACAAAUUAAUGAGGGGCUGGGCUAUUUGGCCUGUCACUCGCCUUUGGGAGGCCUCAGAAAGAGACUAGGGGGAAAAUGGGCAUGGAUGGAUCCAAAAUGCUGGCUGGGGAAAGGGAAGGAACAAGUGCCACCCUCACCUGGGACCCUGGGCCUUCACCAUCCUGUCCUGACCAGACAAGCCAGAGAGAGGGACCCAGGGCCACCACCUCUGGCUAGGUCCCAGACACCACCUGGUCUGGCCUGCACCAAAAGCUCACAUCAGCAUAGCUGUCUCUCUCCAGGGUCUGAAAACCCCACUCCAAGAGCUGUAGCUCUGCCACCCUAGCCCCGGCAAAGGCGCAGUUUGGGGGAUGGACGGAUUUUUCCAUUGAUGUAGCUACCGCCUUUGGGAGGUGGAUUACUUGUGCUGACUGGAGAGCUCCUCCUGUCACUAAAGCGAGUGUCUACACCGAAGCACAACAGCAUGCGCAGCUGUAGCUAUGCCACUGUAGCCUUCUAAGUGUAGACACAGCUGGAGACUUUGUCGACCCCACCCCAUUCUGUCUGUUUCCUUACCCACCUUUCUUUCCUAGUACUCUCUUCUUGCCUUCUGUUUAAUGACCAUCAGGCUUAGCUGCCCAAGACUCCAUGCUUUGUAAGAACACUGUGAGCCAUGACCAGAGACAGCUAAAAGCAAGGCAGCCCGAUGCUGGUACGCAGUUGCUAAGUCUCAGAGUGGCUGAUGACACCCUGUGCUGGGCCUGUGUUUCUCCUGCCAUGAGGUUCCAAGCGCGAGUCGGCACCCGAGACGGAAGCUACAUUUUCCUGCUUUGCUGUUUGUUUCCCUCGCCUUGUGUGUCUCUUCUUAGGCAGUGGGAUCUGCCUUUAACAAGAGUCCAUUUUCUCCUUUCCCUACAAGGACAGUUAGCAUCUAAGAGACUGUCAGACCAGGGGCUUUUCCUUCUAAAAACUUGCUGCAGCUAAAGGAACAAAGGCUGUUGUUGAAAUAAAAGCCUCACUUUGUAUCGAGAUUUCUAAUGCAUUAGCUGCUUUUCCUUCUUUUCUGUCUCAUUGGUAGGUUAAAAAGAUUUGUAGUGGGGUGUUUGCCCUGGCACUGAGCAGGCUGAGCUGCUGUGUACCCAACCCUGGACCUUGUUGAACACAGUUUAAUGUUGAACAGUUUCAGGGUCAUGU